GAGCUCCCCACUACCGAGACCCACCCACGCCCCUUUCUCUCUCAGUGACAAAAGCCCAAAAAUCUAUCCCUAACGAACCCAGCCACCAUCCCAUCGCCGAACUCUUCUCCUCCGGUAGAGGUUGCUGUCGCCGCCGGCGGGGACAGACCGUGGGUUGGGUCUGCUCGUUUCUUCUCGCUACUCCUCGCGUCGUCAAGCCCGAGGGUGCCAUCAAGUCCGGACCUGUCCUCGUCGUCGUCGGCCGCUCUGAACUCGUCGUCGAUUCCGAGGGUGCCGUCGUUGCCGCCGAACUUUCUGCUGCUCGACGUCGCGAACGUCUACUCAGCCCUGUUUCCUCGCCGUCGUAAACGUGCCUGCUUGGCCGUCUUCUCUUCGCCGCACAUCCGUUCUACCAGUCGGCCAUAACUUCCACGCGAACGACUCUGCUGCUCGCCCGUCUUCUCUUCUCUGUGCAACAAACAACAACUAACAUUUUGUUUGGAUAAAAUUGAGUGGGAGCUUCUGACCUAGACCCAAGACUCGAUGAAGAUGGGUUGUUUGAACGGGACAACCAUCUCACUCUCAUGCCUGAAACUCCCUUUCCCUUCUUACCCUUCUUCCUUCCAGAACGUUCCAUUUCGCCGCACCAUCAAGCCUCUCUCCGCCGCCCUCCAAACAUCUCCCGCCACUUCACCAUCAACCACCAAGGCCGAGGACCAAGGUGCGAGGUCUCACUGGAAGGCCGCAAUAGACUUCAAGUGGAUAAAGGAUAACAAGGAAGCAGUUGCUGCCAACAUUCGCAACCGUAACUCCGAUGUUGAUUUGGAACUCGUCCUUCAACUCUAUGACCACUUCUUUAAUCUUCAAAAGUAUCAUCUAAUUAGAUUAAUGCAAAAAAGACAUAGGAAGGGGGAAGAAAAAAGGAUUUAUGGUCCCAAUUGCUCAGCUAAUUGGUUUCCAGAAAGCAGGAAGUUGAGAGAGUGCGCGGAGAAAGAAAUGCGGUAGCAAACAAGAUGAAAGGGAAAAUGGAACAAUUUGAGCGUCAAAGACUAAUUGAGGAAGGAAAGAAUUUGAAGGAAGGACUCAUUGCUUUGGAAGAAGACCUGCUCAAGCUUAAUGACAAACUUCAACUCGAAGCACAACGUAUACCAAACAUGACUCAUCCACAUGUUCCAAUAGGUGGAGAGGAUAGUUCUAUGACAAGGAAGCUGGUUGGCAGCGCUCCAGAAUUUAGUUUCCCUGUCAAGGAUCAUCUUGAACUAGGAAAGGAACUUUGCCUUUUCGAUUUCGACACAGCUGCAGAGGUCAGUGGGUCAAAGUUCUACUACUUGAAAAAUGAUGCAGUUUUGUUAGAGAUGGCCCUUGUGAAUUGGACACUCUCAGAAGUGAUGAAGAGAGGCUUUACUCCAUUAACAACGCCUGAACUUGUACGGUCCUCUAUUGUUGAAAAAUGUGGUUUCCAACCUCGUGGAAACAAUACACAGGUUUAUUCCAUAGAAGAUAGUGACCAAUGCCUUAUCGGCACUGCAGAGAUACCUGUUGGGGGUCUUCAUAUGGAUUCUAUACUUGCUGAAACUUUGUUACCCCUGAAAUAUGUAGCAUUUUCUCAUUGCUUCCGUACUGAGGCUGGUGCCGCUGGCAGUGCAACAAGGGGUCUUUAUCGAGUUCACCAGUUCAGCAAGGUUGAAAUGUUUAUUUUCUGCCGCCCAGAAGACAGUGAACAUUAUCAUGAAGAGCUUAUUAAAAUUGAAGAAGACAUGUUCUCAUCCCUUGGGUUACAUUUUAAAAUUUUGGAUAUGGCUUCCGAAGAUUUAGGUGCACCUGCUUACCGUAAAUUUGAUGUGGAGGCAUGGAUGCCUGGCUUAGAAAGGUUUGGCGAGAUUUCAAGUGCAUCAAAUUGCACAGACUAUCAGAGCCGUAGGUUGGGAAUCCGGUAUCGCCCGUUGGAAGCGCCAGUUGCAAGCCCGAAAAAGUCUAAAAGCAAUCUGGCUCCACCAAAGUUUGUUCACACACUAAAUGCAACAGCUUGUGCAGUACCACGGAUGAUAAUAUGCUUGCUUGAGAAUUACCAGCAAGAAGAUGGAUCCAUCCUUAUCCCUGAGCCUUUGAGGCCCUUCAUGGGUGGGCGUAGUGUUAUUUCUAGAAAAUCUUGAUACAAGGGAUCGCGACAUUUGCAUCAUUUGAAGGAUUUUUGCUGUGGCGGCUUUAGAUUGUGGUGGUAGAUGAGUUCAAUCAACUUCCUACAUUAUAGCCUUUGGACAGAGGGAUCCUGAAAAACUGGAAAGAAGGCGGCAAAAAUCAUGCAUAUAUUAAUUAGUAAUGUAGAAAGGAAGGAGUAGAACAAUACUAUCUCUGAAAAUUAACUAACUAUUGAACUUAAAAAAUAAAGAAAAAUAAAACAUAAAAUAUCUUAAAUCC